ACGUGGCCCCGGAGCCCGUCCCGGCCGGGCCGCGCGUCGCCGGCGUGGGCCCGGGCGCGAGUGCAGCGCCUGCCGGCAAAGGGGCAGGUGAUCUGGGUACGAUGCAAGAUAUUCAUCUGUGAAAGAGUAACCUUUGGGGUCGUUUUCUGUAUUAAAUAGGGUAGUACCUAUGAAAUAUGAUAAGGACUCAAUAAAGGUGAGCUGCUUUUAUUAUUCCAGGGUAUGCUGUUCUUUUCAUUAUUGGCUCAUUUCAUCAUCUGAAUCAUCAUAUCCAUCCUUUGAAUCGGUAUUAACCACCUCCAUUUUAAUAAAUACGAGCACCAAAGGUGCAGAGAGAGAAACUGGUUUACUCAGCAUUAGCAGGUGGGAUUUAACUUCUCACUUGUUUUACCCUGUAGUUCAUACUGUUUCCCACACUACAAUCCAUCGUCUUGGGUUGUAUUUCAGUACAGUAAUUGUCCCUGAGCACCACUGGGACGUAAUUGUGGAGUGUAGUCGACCUAAUCUUACCAUGUAGAGCUCUAUUUCCAGAAAUUCUUGAGGCUUCCCAACCCUUGUGUCAAAAGGUUAAGGCCCUUCCUGCAUUCUCUGACCUCUAUUUUCAGAGGACUGUUAAUACAUGUAAAUUGAAAACAGGUUGAGCCCCGAAUUUUAAGUUUUACUGGUGAAGCUGGGAAUCCUUUCCCCACCAGAGGCUAGUUUCUGGAGAGAGAAAUGGGGCAGACGUUUUUAAAAGAUGAAAACUGCAAUUUCAUCUAUGCUCCAUGUUAUGAAAGAGAUAUCAUAACGCCUCUGAUUGGCUGUGUAUCUGGGCUCAUUAAUUAGGCAUUUUGUAAGCACCAGGCCAGCUGGAAGUGGUUUCUGCUGCAUAUGAGAAGGACCUCAGCAUUAUAGCACCUAGUUACCUUUUGCUCCCUACAUGAAGUGCUUGUUUUGGGAUUAUGGUGCCAAAUUGUUAUUUUAGAAGUUACAUUUGUGUCACUGUCAACAGAUUACAUGGCCAUGUCAGAAUUCAUCAAGGCCUAAUUAAAUUUUACACUAGGCCCAGCGCAAGGGUGGAGGGGACAGUGAAUUCCAGGGUACUGUCUGGAUUUGUGGCCCUGGGUAAAGACUCAUAGGAUCAGAAUGGUACAUGAAAGGUGGUUCAAAAUUACCUAAUUCCUCCUCAUGUUAAAGAUAAUAGCUUUGAAACUAAGACAGUCACUAGAUUUGUUAUUAGCAGAGCCUAGCAUAGAACCGAAGUCUCCAGGUCCACUAUACCAUAUGCAAGUCAAAACAAAGUUCUUGGAGAAGUGAUUUUUGAGAAUGCAAUUUAGGGAGAAUAACUUUCUUAUUUUUGAGAGCUUUGAAGACUUUCUAACCUUAUGGGGUUUAUAAUAUUAAUUGGAAAAAUCGUUAUGUAACAUUUUCCAUAUCAAUAAAUAUUUCUCUGAAACAUCAUUUGUAAUGCCAGCAUAGGGUUCCAUAUUUUGGAUAUAUAUUAUGUACCUUGCUUAACUAAUCUGCUAUUAUUGGAUGUUUAAGUUUUCAAUUCUUUUGUGUUAUUUAGUAAAUGGACACAUAAUUUUCAAAAGAGCCAAUAGGAAAGAAAUGUUUGUAUUCACUCAAAAAUGUCCCAGGUUCAUCAAGAUUAUAUCAGAGUCACCAAUGGACAGGUGAUUCCUGAGCUGUAAGAUAAGGUCUCUUAUGACUUCUGUCUUCCAACUUUCCCUGUUCUGGCUUCAUUGUUUCUGUCCUUUCCCAAGAGCAGCAGAAAAUGAACAAAUUCCGGGGACCAGUAACAUUCAAGGAUGUUACCGUGGAAUUCACCAAGGAGGAGUGGCAAUUACUGGAUGCUGCUCAGAGGACCCUGUACAAGGAAGUGAUGCAGGAGAACUAUGGUCACCUACUCGCAGUGGGUUAUCGUGUGAAUAAGCCAAAAGCAGUCUUCAAGUUGAAGCAAGGAAAAGAGCCAUGGAUAUUAGAAGUAGAAUUUCCACGUCGGAACUACCCUGAAGACAUAUGGAAUAUUCAUGACCUAGGAGCAAGAUACCAGGAAAGCCAAGCUGAAAACUCAAGGAAUGGAGAACUCACAAAACAUCAGAAAACUCAUACCGGAGAGGAAACCUAUAAAUGUAAUCAGUGUGGAAAGUCCUUCUGCCAGAAGUCUGCCCUCACAGAACAUCAGCAUACUCAUUCAAAGGACAAACCCAGUGAAUGUGGGAAAUCUGUCUCUAGGAAUGGAGACCUCACAAGACAUCAGAAAACUCCUACCAGAGAGAAAACCUAUGAAUGUAAAGAAUGUAAGAAAACUUUCUACCACCUGUCAUCUCUCAGUAGACAUUUGAGAACUCAUGCAGGGGAGAAACCCUAUGAAUGUAAUCAGUGUGAGAAAUCCUUCUACCAGAAGCCACACCUCAUGGAACAUCAGAAAACACACACAGGAGAGAAACCCUAUGAAUGUACUGAAUGUGGGAAGUUCUUCUAUGUUAAGGCAUACCUCAUGGUACAUCAGAAAACACACACAGGGGAGAAACCGUAUGAAUGUAAGGAAUGUGGCAAAUCCUUUUCCCAGAAAUCACACCUCACAGUACAUCAGAGAACACAUACAGGGGAGAAACCCUAUAAAUGUAAGGAAUGUGGGAAAUUCUUCUCUAGAAAUUCACACCUCAAAACUCAUCAGAGAACCCACACAGGAGAGAAACCCUAUGAGUGUAGGGAAUGUGGGAAAUGCUUCUACCAGAAGUCAGCCCUCACAGUACAUCAGCGAACUCACACAGGGGAGAAACCCUUUGAAUGUAAGAAAUGUGGAAAAAACUUUUACUAUAAAUCAGACCUCACUAAACAUGAAAGAAAACACACAGGGGAGAAGCCCUAUGAAUGUCAUGAAUGUGGUAAGUCUUUCUCUGUGAAUUCAGUCCUCAGAUUACAUCAAAGGACUCACACAGGAGAGAAACCCUAUGAAUGUAAGGAAUGUGGGAAGUCUUUCUCUCAGAAGUCACAUUUUAUCAUACAUCAGCGAAAACACACAGGGGAGAAACCCUAUGAAUGUCAGGAGUGUAGGGAAACUUUUAUCCAGAGAUCAAAACUCACUGCACAUCAGAAGACACACACAAAGGGGAAAAGCUUAUAAAUAGUAUGAACUGGGAAAUUCUUCUGUCUGAAUUUAUCCUUCAGAAUAAUCAGAUAAUUCACACAAGACAAAAACCUUAUGAAUAUCAUCAGAAAUUUUAGCCACAAUGUUUCUUCACAGAGAGGAAAUACACAGAGAAAAAUUCUGUAAAUCUAUAAGGGAGAAAUUUUUACCAUAUGUCAGACUUUACUAAAUAUCAGACAACAUAGAUGGGAGAAACACCACAAACUGUAAAACAUGAGGGAAACCUUUCUUUCAGAAGUCAUACUUUAUUGUACAACAUAGAAAUCACACAGGAGAGAAAUUCUAUAAGUAAGAUGAAUGUCAGGAAAUUUUCUGUCAGGGCAGCCAUCACUAGACAUCCAAAAGCUCACAUGAGUGAGGAUCUCCUGUCUGUAUCCUGAGCAUUCAGAAAUCUUUUCACACCAGCUUGACUCAUACUAGAACACCCAAAGGAGACAAUGCAAAGAUUGCGACAGAUACAGAGGCCUUUAUCAAGGAGUGAUGUCUCAGUGAACGUUGGAUCAUUGAUGCUGGGAUAGAACCUUUACAGAUAUUUUAAAUAUGUGAAAGUUUUUAAACAGAAAUUCAAAAGAGAAUCUGUACUGAGGGAAACAGUUAUUCAGGCACACCUUGGAGAUAUUGUGGGUUUGGUUCCAGACCACCACAAUAAAGCGAAUAUCACAGUAAAGCAAGUCACACAAACUUUUUGGUUUCUCAGUGCAUAUAAAAGUUAUGUUUAUGGUGUACUGUAGUCUGUUAAGCGUGCAGUAGCACCAUGUCUUAAAAAAUGUACCUACCUUAAUUCUAAAGAUACUUUAUUGCUAAGAAAUGCUAACCAUCAUCUGAGCCUUUAGGGAGUCAUAAUCCUUUUGCUGAUGUAGGGUCUUGUGGAAAAUGCAGUAUCUGCGAGGCAAAAUAAAGCGAAGCGCAAUAAAUCAAGGUAUGCCUGUAAAAGAAGUCAUGUUGCAGAGAUGAUUCCAAGGUUUUUUCUUUUUAAGAAACCUGCAAAUGUCUGGAUAUAUGACACUUUUUAAAAGCACAAAUUGAAUAACCAGGCAACGACAUUAAACGUGAAGAAUCUUUUAGUAUGUGUGUGAGUGUGCUACAAAACAUAGAUUGUGGACGUUUGAUGUUCACGUGGAACCCAUCCCUAAUUGUACAUAGGGAAAUGUGUAAGCUGAGUUCAAUAACUUUUGAACUAGUGACUCCUGUUGUUAAUAUAAUGUGUAUUUAAGUGUAAUAUUCUUUUAAAAUUAUAAUACAUCUUUUCUCCUAUUUCCUGGCAUUUUUAAAUGGAUAUAGAUAUUGUUACUGAACUAAUCCUUCAGAAGCUAAAAAUGUUUUUGUAAAAUUUUCAGUUGUCUCAUGGUCAGCCAAAUUUUAUGUUAGAAACACACUUAUUUUAGAAAAAGCCUGAGUUUAUUUUUAAAAACAGCUAAAAACACUCUAUAGUAAAACCAAUGCUAUGUAAAGAAAUACUUUCUUACUGUUGAUGUUUUAGCAGGGUGUAGAACUAUCUGCAUUUGUAUUUUGUAUGAGAGUCCUAAAUGUUCUUCACUACCUUUUUCCUCCUAGUAGAAGCAACAUGGCUUAGUGGUUAAGAGUGUGGACUCUGGACUCCUACUUCUAGGCUCACAUUCCAGCAUGGGGCAUGCCAUUUAACCUCUCUGUGCCUCAGUUUCCUUUUCUAUAAAAGAGAAGUGAUAAAAACAAUAUGUUAGGAUUGCUUUGAGGUAUAAAUGAGUUAAUAUUUUUAAAGCACCUAGAAUACUGUCUGAGACACAAGAAAAGCUGUAUGUUAGGUAUUAUCUUAAUUAUAAUUUGUAUUUCUUGAACUAUGCUGCAAAAAAUAAAAAAACAUGUUGGCUACUAACAUUCAUCCCCCACUUUAUUGCUGUAGUGCCUUGGUUUGGUUUGGUUGUGCAUUUUCCCACAAGUGAUUCAGAUCUGGCCCACUGCCCGUUUUUGUAGCCUGCAAGCUAAGAAUGGCUUUACAUUUCCAAAUGGUUGAAAAAAAUUAAAUAAUAUUUUGUGACGUGAAAAUUAUAUGAUAUUCAAAUUUCAGUGUCCAUAAAUCAAGUUUUAUUAGAACACUAAUACAAACAAAAACCAUUGGUUUCUGUUUUGCCUGUGGCUGCCUUCACACUACAAGAGUUGAGUCAUUCUGACAGACCGUAUGACCCACAGAGCCUAAGACAGUUACUAUCUGGUGCUUUACGAAAUUAAGUUUUUCUGUUACUUAGAGCUGAAAACAUCACAGCCAGUGUACAGGUAGACUUUUAUAUAUGGUAUGUGUUUCAGAAAUGAUGCAGACAGCAAUUUGUGGGUAAGUCGUUUUUGUGCAGUAUAUUUAUUUUGUACAUUAUAUGUUAAAAGCCUAAUUAAGCAUUAGAUUUUUUUUUUCAAAGAAAUGUGUUUUACUUGCUGAACAGUUAUAACAUCAAAACAAGAAAUUUCCUGAUGGAAUGUAGCAGUAAAUGUAUGAAAUAAACAUUGAAUUGAAUUAUUAACUGA